GUCAGGAAAGGAUAUUUCAACAGCCUAUACUGCAGGAAAACCUCAUUCAUUUCAGCAAUUGGAAGGGAGAAGUACCCAGGUCAAGUCUCUCAUCUCAUCAUUCCUACUUGGGAAGUCCCUCAGGAAGAUCCCUGCUCUGUAACACAGAAGUACUAGAAUUUAGGCUGUUGAAUGAAAGGGCUGGCUGCCGAGAGCAACCCACACACCUGGAGCGGUUCCAGGUAGUAGUGACCUCAUCCACCGAGAGUUUAGGACCCAGCCCAAAAAAAGCCACUAGGAAGUGGAGACCUGUGACUGUAUUCAGCAGUCUGAGAAGUGAGAACAUCUAGCAGGGAGAGGUUUCCCGAGGCAGAGUGGAGAGGUAAGCUGCUCCCAGGUUGUGGCUUUUUCCCCCAGAUUCCUUUUUCCUUCCAAAAGAAGAGCUCAGUUUUAGAGUCCACUGAGAAGAUCUAACCAGGCAUCCAGAAGAUCUUAACAGUCAAAGGAACUCUACAAAUGGCUCUACAGACGUUUAUUACAGUAGUAUGGUGAAGAAUGGCGCUGGAAUGUUCACUUUACAAGCAGGAAACGGUCAUGGAGAAAGUUACUUUGGCAAGAUCUGAACUCAGGGCACCCACAUCAAAGACUUGGCUAACUUUCGCAGACUUCCGAUACUGAAUUUGGAAUCGUUACGUGGGGACUCGGAUGCCCACUCCACAUUCAGGGCAGAGAGACAAAAGAUUUUGUUUUGUUUGGCCACUCUCCAGCAGACUUGGUUCUGUGUCCUGACUCCCAGAUGUAAUGGCUGAAGAAAUAGACCUCGGCAACGUCCCUUCCGAGGGAGGAGACUUCUCUGUGAAGAUCAACUUGGGGAUGGCAGAUUCCUGCAUCAGCGACGAGUGCUGCUGUUUGCGCACGCGCACCGUACGCAGGCUGGCUAUCUGUGGCCUCGUCUGUUAUUGCUGUCCCUGCGUUGGAGCCCUAGCCCUGGUCUACGCAGUCAAGGCUAGGGAGAAAGAAAAAGCGAAUUCCCACAAGGCAGCAAAGUACUGGGCUAAGAAGUCCUGCUGUGUGUGUAUGCUAAGUGUUGGUGCUUGCCUCUCUCUCACGGUCCUGGUGUUCCUGCUCAUCAUCCUCAUCUCCUACAUCUUCUCUCAAGCCAAAUGAUGCUCUUCGUGAACACGGGCCCAAAUAAUGUCUUCUGCACGGCUGUCCCAGCUGGAUUUAUCCUUAGCUGGCAUCAAGAAACUCAUUGCUUGUCUCCUGCCAAGAAGAAGAAGAGGAAGAGUUUGGAUUUAUAUCCCCCCUUUCU